AUGUUUUGUACAAAGCUGAAAGACUUGAAGAUCACGGGUGAAUGUCCUUUCUCCUUAUUGACUCAAAGUCAGAUUACUGAGGAACAUGACAAGGACUGCACAGAAAACAGCUCUAGAGCAGCUCUGCCCAUCUGCAAAGAAGUCCAGGAGAAAGAUGCACAAGGAAACCUUCCACAAAGGAAAACAAGCAGAAGUAGAGUGUACCUCCACACAUUAACUGAAAGUAUCUGCAAACUAAUCUUUCCUGAGUUUGAAAGGCUAAAUCUUGCACUUCAAAGAACACUGGCAAAACAUAGAAUAAAAGAUACCAGAAAAACUGGGGAUAGAGAAGAUUUUGAAAAAAUAAUCAGUGAUCAUGCUAAUGCAGCAGGUAUUCCCGUGGAGACUCUUCGGGAAUCUCUUGGUGAAGAGCUGUUCAAAAUAUGCUAUGAAGAGGAUGAACAUAUAUUAGGAGUUAUUGGAGGAACCCUUAAAGACUUCUUGAACAGUUUCACUACUCUGCUGAAGCAAAGUGGCCACAGCCAAGAAGCAGUAAAAAAGGACAGACUUGAAGAGGCCUCCAUAUUAUGCCUCGAGAAAGAUCAGGACUUCUUAAAUGUGUAUUAUUUCUUUCCUAAGAAAAUCACAAGUCUUAUUCUAUCUGGGAUUAUUAAAGCAGCAGCUCACAUUUUGUAUGAAACUGAGGUGGAAGUGAUGCUCAUGCCUCCUUGUUUCCAUAAUGACUGCACUGAGUUUGCAAAUCAGCCUUAUUUGCUAUACUCCAUACAAGUCAAAACUGCAAAACCUUCCUUAUCUCCAUGUAAACCACAGUCUUCACUUGUGAUUCCUGCCUCUGUGUUCUGUAAGACUUUCCCAUUUCAUUUUAUGUUUGACAAGGAUAUGUCAGUUCUUCAAAUUGGAAAUGGGAUAAGAAGACUUCUGACCAGAAGAGAAUUUCAAGCUAAGUCAAAUUUUGAAGAGUAUUUUGAAAUUCUUACCCCCAAAGUAAGCUGCACUUUUAGUGGAAUAAUGACAAUGCUAAAUAUGCAGUUUACUGUACGAGUCAGAAGAUGGGAUAGUACUGAUAUGAAAUCAUCAUCCAUGGUAAUGGAUCUUAAAGGCCAAAUGAUCUAUAUUUUUGAAUCCAGUGCCAUACUAUUCUUGGGAUCUCCCUGUGUGGAUAGACUAGAAGAUUUUACUGGACGUGGAUUGUACCUCUCAGAUAUUCCCAUUCACAAUGCACUGAGAGAUGUUGUUCUGAUAGGAGAGCAGGCUAGAGCUCAGGAUGGACUGAAGAAGAGGUUAGGAAAGCUAAAAGCAACCCUUGAGCAGGCCCACCAAGCACUUGAAGAAGAAAAGAAGAAGACUGUAGAUCUCCUGUUUUCAAUUUUUCCUGGAGAGGUUGCUCAGCAGCUGUGGCAGGGACAGGUUGUGCAAGCCAAGAAAUUUAAUAAUGUCACAAUGCUUUUCUCUGACAUCGUUGGAUUCACUGCCAUCUGUUCCCAGUGCUCACCUAUGCAAGUUAUCACCAUGCUUAAUGAGCUCUAUACUCGCUUUGAUUACCAAUGUGGAGAGCUAGAUGUCUACAAGGUUGAGACUAUUGGAGAUGCCUACUGUGUUGCUGGAGGUUUACACAAAGAAAGUGAAACCCACGCUGUUCAAAUAGCAUUGAUGGCCCUGAAGAUGAUGGAACUGUCAGAUGAGGUGGUGUCUCCCCAUGGAGAGCCUAUCAAGAUGCGGAUUGGCCUUCAUUCUGGAUCUGUCUUUGCUGGAGUUGUUGGGGUUAAAAUGCCUCGCUAUUGCCUUUUUGGUAAUAAUGUAACCCUUGCCAAUAAGUUUGAAUCCUGCAGCAUACCUACAAAAAUAAAUGUCAGCCCAACAACUUACAGGUUGUUAAAGGAAUAUCCAGGUUUUGUGUUCACACCUCGCUCAAGAGAAGAGCUUCCACCAAAUUUUCCAAGUGAUAUCCCUGGAAUUUGCUAUUUUCUGGAUGCUUAUAUUCAAGGAACAAACUCACAGACUUGGUUUCAAAAGAGAGAUUUGGGAGAUGGCAAUGCCAAUUUUUUGGGUGAGGAAACAGGCAUAGACUAA